AUGUCGGCUACGACUACCCUCACGACCACCACUCUUGUCGGAUCGCCCACUGCGAUGACGACUGUCUUGACCGAGAUCUGUCCGGCCUGUGGCGGCAGUGGUGACUGCCAUGAUCCCUCCGAGGUGCAGCAACAGAUCCUGGAGCUACAGGGACAUGUCCAGGAGUUGAACGAGCGCGCCGCGCUUACUGCCGGGAAACUCGCCGACUACGAAGAAGAAGUCCACCGACUACGCUCAGCACACGCCGCCUACACCUCACCCCGAAGCAGCUCCUCCCAACCACCAACAUCCUCCCACACAGAUCGCGCCCUCUCACCAACCCAAGUCCCGACCCCCGUGUCCCCCGAGACAUCGGCGCAUAUCUCCCCACAAGCGCAGCAGAGCCGCCUCGCGACCCUCACCUCCUUGCUUCCCUACCGCCGCAGCAGCGCCACUACAAGCACGCCUGUGCCAACCACCCCGACCGUCCCCAUCACCCCACUCCCGCAGGUGGCAUCCCCAGCCAGCAGCGACAAUACCUCCGAGCUACAGGAUGCGUUGACACGCGAGCAGGGACUGCGCAAGGCGGCCGAGACACAGCUUACGCAGGCGAGCACGGAGCUGGAGGAUUUGACGGUUCAAUUGUUCAGUCAAGCGAAUGAAAUGGUGGCGCAGGAGCGCAAGGCCCGCGCAAAGUUGGAGGAACGGGUUGCGGUGCUCGAGCGGCGGGAUGUCGAGAAGCGGAGUCGGCUGGAGAGGUUGGAGAAGGCGAUGGCCCGUGUGGAUAGGUUGCGGGCUUUGGUCAGCCAUUUCGCCAAGGAGCAGCAUCUUCCUGCUGUUCAAGCUGCCCCGAACUUUGAGCUCAAGGCCAUCUACUCGCGGUCCCUUAAGUCAGCACAGACUCUUGCGAAGGGCACAACCGGUAUUGAUCUCUAUUCGGAGGACGCUGGAGCUGGCAACUCGUUCGACGAUCUGCUGUCUCGUCCAGACAUCGGCGCUGUAAUCAUUGCUCUUCCCAUUCUUAUUCAACCCGAGUUCAUCAAGAAGGCGCUUCUCGCUGGUAAGCAUGUCUUGUCUGAAAAGCCCAUCGCCAAGGACGUCGCAACUGCCCAAGAACUCCUGGAAUGGUACGCGGCCAAUAUUGACCCAAAGAAAACGUUCUGGGCUGUCGGCGAGAACUUCCGGUAUUUGACCAAGUAUCUGUUCACGGCUGAGCAGGUGCGGAAGAUGGGCAAAGUGAAGCACUUCCGGGUAAAUGUCCAGAACUUGGUCAAGGAGGAUAACAAGUACUACCGUAUGUCUUUCACAAUAUCUUCCCAAAUGAUUGAUUAUGCUUACACCUUCCCAGAAACUGCUUGGCGUAAAGUGCCUGAGUACCAGGGAGGCUUCCUCCUGGAUGGAGGAGUGCAUAUGACUGCUGGCCUACGUCUGAUUUUAGGCUCAGAGCAUAUCACUUCCUUGUCUGCACAGUCCCAGUUGCAGCAAGCCUACCUUCCCCCGGUUGAUACAGUGGACGCUGUCGCUCAAACUGGAUCUGGUGCUACGGGUAUCAUUUCUCUAUCUUGGGGAUCGCCGUUCAGCGAUAGCACCUUCGAGUUUGCCUGCGAGAAAGGCGUUGUGACUUUGAAGGAUGACGAUGUGACCGUGAAUGGUGUAGUUAACCACAUUGAGUUUGAUGGCAAGGGGGUUGGCCCUGAAGUUGCUGAAUUUGCCACAGCCAUUGUCAACGGUCGCCCGGUUGAGAAGAGACAGUCGCCCGAGGCUGCAUUGGCGGACUUGGAGAUCCUGGAGCAAAUGCUAAAGAGCGGUGAGCGACAGGGAGAAAAAGUGAGCCUUCAAUGGCAGGUGUAA